AUGGUUCACCAAGAUCCCCACCAAGGUGGCAGCCUCUCCGAAAUGGCCGCAUCUGGCACAACUAUUCCAAAUGAUGCCGGCAAGAUGAACACCCUCCCCUCAGUGGCCCGUCCCGAUCAACGGGCCGAGCACUUUGGUUUCGACAAUGCCGGCAUCGCCGAGCCUUCCACAGCCAAGGCAGCCGAUAACGCCACUGAUCUCCCGCGUUCGACCAGAGAUAUGGGCGAGACCGGGGAGGUCAUCACAGGCACAGGCAAUUCCAUGCCGGCUGGUGUUGAGUCCAAGCAUGUUUCUGGGCGCUAA